AUGGGCAACUCCAAUGCCGAUAAGUUGAUCAUAUACUUCCCUGGCGGGGCUUACUGCAUUCCCGCAUUGCCGGGACACUUUGAUCUUGUCAAUGCACUUACCACCGAUCUCAACAAAAGCAACCAAGAUAUAGGAGUCCUGUUCCUGGCCUAUGACCUCGUUCCUAAUGCUCAAUGGCCCCAGCAGCUAGCGCAAGGAGUAGCCCUUGUCCAAUAUGCCAUAGAAGUCCUAGGCAAGCGACCAUCAAAUAUUAUUCUCCAAGGUGACUCUUCAGGUGCUCAUCUGGCCCUUGCAGUUCUGUCGUAUCUUACUGAAGGCCAUCUGCAUGACUCGAUACCCACACUGUCUCUAUCGGAAAACCUUCGCGGCGCACUGCUUUUAUCACCAUGGAUCGAUUUCGGCACGGACCACGAAAGCUUCCGCACAAAUGCGGACAAAGAUGCGAUCUCGGCCAAAUCUCUCGGUAAAUGGGCUGAGGCGCUUUUCAGUGAUUCUAAGCGGGACAAAUAUACUCAUCCGACUGAUGCGCCCACUGGUUGGUGGAGACUUCUGCCUGUGGAAAGAAUCUUUAUUGGCGUUGGCGGAGAUGAAGUACUUUUGGACUCCAUCAUCAGCCUGGCACACAAGAUCAAGGCCGAACAUCCAGACGUGCUGAUCAGCCGUGUCCCACGGGAGUUCCAUGCUGAGCCCAUCACGGACUUUGGGCUGGGACUUUCUCCUGGCGUACAGUUUCAAGCCAUGGCUGCUUGGUUGAAUCAAACGUUUUCUCGAUAG